GUGGGAUUGGAUGCCUCUUUGAUUUGCUAAGAGGAAAUAAUGUAUUACCAAUAAUUGGUUUCUGUAGAAGAAAAAGGUUUACAUUUGAAAUCUUUAUUAGAGCAUGAAAAGAUUAAAUCAGUUGAUGAAGACUUUUAGUAUUUUUCUAUGCCAGCAAUCACUUCCAUGAAGGGAAAAACUUGAAGUGCUACUUGACUUACUAUUUCAGAGGGAGGUAAAUUUCUAUGUAAAGAAUUUGGGAUUAAAAACUAAUAUCUUAAACCUCCCAAAAGAGAUAACCAAAAUCCGAAGGUUGACACAAUAUUGGCAUACUUCGUUUUAUUGCGCUUCACUUUAUUGUGCUUUGCAGAUGAUUUGUAUUUUAGAAAUCGAGAGUGGUAAUCCUGCAUCAAAGAAGUCUUUGGGUACCAUUUUCCCAGCAGCAUUUGCUCACUUUGUAUCUCCGUAUUGCAUUUUGGUAAAUCUCACAAUGUUUCAAAUUUGUUCAUUAUAAUUGUAUUUAUGGUGAUCUGUGAUCAGUGAUCUUUGAUGUUACUGUUGUAAUUGUUUGGGGGGUGCCAUGAACCAUGCCUCUGUAAUAUGGUGAACUUAAUUGAUAAAUACUGCAUGUGACGUAACUGUUCUACCAGUUGGCCCUUCCCCCAUCUCUCCUUCUUGGGCCUCCCUAUUUCCUGCGACACAACAAUAUUGAAAUUAGGCCACUUAAUAAUCCUACAAUGGCCUCUAAGUGCUCAAGUGAAAGGAAGAGUCGCAUGUCUCUCACUUUAAAUCAAAAGCUAGAAAUGAUUAAGCUUAGUGAGGAAGGCAUGUCGAAAGCGGAGAUAGGUCGGAAACUAGGCCUCUUGCGCCAAACUGUUAGCCAGGUUGUAAAUGCAAAGGAUAAGUUCUUGAAAGAAAUUAAAAGUGGUACUCCAGUGAACACGCGAAUGAUAAGAAAGCGAAACAGCCUUAUUGCGGAUAUGGAGAAAGUUUUAGUGGUCUGGAUAGAAGAUCAAACCACCCACAACAUUCCCUUGAGCCAGAGCCUAAUCCAGAGCAAGGCCUUAACUCUCUUCAAUUCUAUGAAGGCUGAGAGAGGUGAGGAAGCUGCAGAAGAAAAGUUUGAAGCUAGCAGAGGUUGGUUCAUGAGGUUUAAGGAAAGAAGCCGUCUCUGUAACAUAAAAGUACAAGGUGAAGUGGCAAAUACUGAUGUAGAAACUGCAGCAAGUUAUCCAGAAGAUCUAUCUAAGAUCAUUAACGAAGGUGGCUACACUAAACAACAGAUUUUCAAUGUAGAUGAAACAGCCUUAUAUUGGAAGAAGAUGCCAUCUAGGACUUUCAUAGCUAGAGAAGAGAAGUCAAUGCCUGGCUUCAAAGCUUCAAAGGACAGGCUGACUCUCCUGUUAGGGGCUAAUGCAGCUGGUGACUUUAAGUUGAAGCCAAUGCUCAUUUAUCAUUCUGAAAAUCCUAGGGCCCUUAAGAAUUAUGCUAAAUCUACCCUGCCUGUCCUCUAUAAAUGGAACAACAGAGCCUGCAUGACAGCACAUCUGUUUACCACAUGGUUUACUGAAUAUUUUAAGCCCACAGUUGAGAACUACUGUUCAGAAAAAAAGAUUCCUUUCAAAAUAUUAUUGCUCAUUGACAAUGCGCCUGGUCACCCAAGAGCUCUGAUGGAGAUGUACAACGAGAUUAAUGUUGUUUUCAUGCCUGCUAACUCAACAUCUAUUCUCCAGCCCAUGGGUCAAGGAGUCAUUUCAACUUUCAAGUCUUAUUAUUUAAGAAAUACAUUUCGUAAGGCUAUAGCUGCCAUAGAUAGUGAUUCCUCUGAUGGAUCUGGGCAAAGUAAAUUGAAAACCUUCUGGAAAGGAUUCACCAUUCUAGAUGCCAUUAAGAACAUUCGUGAUUCAUGGGAAGAGGUCAAAAUAUCAACACUAACAGGAGUUUGGAAGAAGUUGAUUCCAUCCCUCAUGGAUGACUUUGAAGGGUUUAAGACUUCAGUGGAUGAAGUAACUGCAGAUGUGGUAAAAAUAGCCAAAGAAUUAGAAUUAGAAGUGGAGCCUGAAGAUGUGACUGAAUUGUUGCAAUCUCAUGAUAAAACUGUAAUGGAUGAGGAAUUACUUCCUAUGGAUGAGCAAAGAAAGUGGUUUCUUGAGAUGGAAUCUACUCCUGGUGAAGAUGAUGUAAAGAUUGUUGAAAUGACAACGAAGGAUUUAGAAUAUUACAUAAACUUGGUUGAUAAAGCAGCAGCAGGGUUUGAGAGAAUUGACUCUAAUUUUGAAAGAAGUUCUACUGUGGGUAAAAUGCUAUCAAACAGUAUCGCAUGCUACAGAGAAAUUGUUCGUGAAAGGAAGAGUCCAUCAAUGCGGCAAAUUUCAUUAUUGUCUUACUUUAAGAAAUUGCCACAGCCACCCCAACCUUCAGCAACCACCACCCUGAUCAGUCAGCAACCAUCAACAUCAAGGCAAGACCCUCCACCAGCAAAAAAAUUACGGUUUGCUAAAAGCUCAGAUGAUGGUUAG